CAUGUGUAACCUCCUUGGACUAGUGUCUAGAUCACAGAUAUUGUUGGCAAACAGCAACAAAACAGUGUGCUGUAUCAGCUGUGUUUAUAGCGCGUUUUGUUGGAAGGGUGCAUGUUGUGCAACGUUUUGAUACGGUGUUGUGGGAUUUUAGAGAGAUGACGUUGUUGCGCUUCAUACAUAAACGACGACGACGCCCUAUAUCGACACGAGUCUGAUUCACAAAUUUUAGUUUCACGUAGGUUAGUCUCAUAUCAUACUUAACUAAUCAGUGUGCGACGUAUAAUGUAUGAAACUUCUCUAUAGUUAACUUAUGUUCCAAAUCACGUAAGAUGUCGUCCGUAAGAAUAAAAGGAUUUACGAAACGUGUUUCUCUGGGUUUUCCUUUCUUUUGGAAACCUGUACAGCUUGAAACAUCGCAAAUAGUAGGAAGUCCAGAUAUUUAUAAGAGUAUUUCUAAAUGAUGUAUCAGUGAUGAUACCAUCAUUUUUUAAUGGGACGCUAAACCCUGACCUUUAUUGUUUCAUCCAACAGAUACGGUUUUUCUGAUGAAGGCGAAAGGUGGAAAAAAGGCUUAAAUAUCUCGAUCCACAGUUUCGAUCAUUAACGUCGUGCAAUUUUUUUGGCAACUGUGUGCCCAAUUCGUUAAAUCCUCCACACUGGUUUUAUGGAAAUCGUCAGAACUUGAUAUUUAAAUUGGCACCUGUCUCUUUCGAUUGGUUUCUUUCUCAAUAGCUAUUUGAGACUGAACUAUCUGUGACAUAGGUCGUGUCACUUUAUAGAUGAAGUUAUUCAAACAUACCGCACUAAAUUCCACAGAAUUUUGUCUGAUCGUUUCUAAAACGUUAUUCACUCAUAGUUUUAUAAAGUUGCAGCUUGAUUUGGCUGCAAGUAGACUACGUUUCGUUGCAGAUGGCAUUAUUUAUGAAAAGUGGACAGUCAGAUUUAAUCAAUGAUGAUACUAUGUCGUUAACGCAAUGUUCCCUGACAAUGGCUCUCUCUUUUAAUAGUGCAUUUGACACCAUAGUAUCAUCCUUAAACCAUCAACCUCCCAAACAUCUGACUUGGCAUAUGCAACUAAAUCAUAUUGUGUGCUAGAUGACUAUGGGAGCUAACUGAACUUAUUGAUAUCAAAUAUCGGCUUCAUACCAUGAAGUAAUAGUGUUGUAUAUGACGUCAUAUGAAUGCUAAUAGGAAGAAAUCAGAACACUUACACUCUUAUUUUUUGGAAUGUAGGUAGCGUGUGAUGAAAAAUUGAUCUGUAGUGUAGUUUGAAAAACAGAUUAGGCUGAUGGGUGACAGUUCAGUUGAGAGUUGACAGAGCCAAGAAAUGUGAAUUCAGAAUAUAGUUCUUGUGACAUGCUGAUUUGUAGUGUAGCCUGAGGCCUAGUUUAGGUUGAAGGUGACAGUGUGGUUGUGAGUUGAUGAAACAGUAUCGAAGGCUUCAGUUAUCCAGAUAAAAUGGAAUUAAACACUCUCAUUGCUGAUGGUGCUGCUGAAAAUGACUUGCAGCAAAUGAAGGGGGAUCGAAUUGGCAACACAAUGUACAGUGAGAGAUCUGUCCUAAAGACAUUAAUAAAGCUGUCACAGAUAACAGAGUUCACAAGUGAAUUUGAAGAAGAGCUGUGCCUUCUUUGGGAUAUGACAGUUGAGGAAGAUGUGGUAAACUUUCUUAUGAAUAAUAACUUUUUGGAUCUUGCUACUCAUAUUAUAAUGACCAUUGAGGAUAACAGGCUCAUAGAGAUAAUGGUGGGAAUUGUUGGCAAUAUGUGCUGUGUCAAAUGUGUCAGGAGCCAUUUAGCAGGAAAAAGAGCAUCUGUUGAAACAUUUAUGAAGUUGUUGGGCAUUAGGGAUGCACCUGUGCUCAUACAAUUAAUUAGAGUGUUUGAAUUGAUAUUGAUUGACAUUAUUGACCAGCCACCACAAUUAUCUUCAAGAAAUAAUAUGGAAGCCAAUAACGAUGAGGGAAAAGAUGUUUGCAAAGGAGAUGGACAAGUAACGCAGCCACCUACUGAAACUACUGAUUCAGAAAGCAGUGACUCAUCUUUGUCACAAGAAGACUGUCAGAAUGUAUCCAGUAAUUGGUGGGAAAUAUAUUUAUCCAACACUGAAAUUUGGUUUCAUAAUAUUCCAGAAAUUCUUAGCAACUGUAAAAAUGAUGAACUCUUGAGUAAGCUGUGGCAUCUGGUUGAUAAUCUGAGUGAUGUUGCUUGUGAUAGCAGCAUUUAUCUUGAUGAAUAUUUCCUGAACAGAGAACUGCUUCGUUCACUUGUGGUCUCCUUCAAUGAAUAUUUUAAAGAAUGCCAUCCCUUACAAGACAUAGAUGAAACUUAUCAGUUAAGGAGGUCCGCCUCAGAUUGGAUUAUGGCUGUUAAUUGUUUUCAUAACUAUGAGGAAGGCACAGACAUUGUGAGAACGUGUAUUGGAGACCUCUUGCCCUGUAUUCAACAUAUCUUGAGUCGAUUUAGUAUGAAUUUUAAAACUAGGGCAGAAAGUAAUAAAUUGUUUAUAUCCGUAAUAUGUUUCCUGGAUAAAUCUCUGCCUGUAAGAAAUUUACCACAUCUCUGUGAAGACGAAAUGAAGAAUUUGAUUAGUAGGCUAGAAGCAUUUCUGGAAGAAGAUCACAAAGCAAACUCUGAUGAAUGGGAAGAUAUUUCUGAUGAUGGGGAAGCAAUUAAUAAAGAAAAGACCACUGAAUGUUUGCAGCAUUUACUCAACAAAGCCAGGAACUUGCUCUCAACAGCUUCACAUCAAAGUGCCCAGUCGUUGUUAAAUGGAGAAAAUAAACCAAGCCACUGAGAGAGAGGUGUUCUAACAUUAUCAAUGAGUAAUGGAGUUCCUAUGAAGAGAUGAAGAAAAACAAAACUGGAGAGGUCAUUCUUAUCUUCUGCAAGUCACGCAGCCUCCUUGUUUACAUGAACUUUCCAGCUAUUAAUUAAACACAGUGAAUUAUGAAACUGUUGCUGAAACAGCAAAGAUCCAAUAGUACUCAUGGUUUCAUUUUAUUUUUUGAUUGUCCCUCUCACAUCUGUCAUACUUCAGUUGCAGGGAGGUAGGGCAGCGUAACUGCUUUUUACCAAUAUGUGAAAUAUUAAUUAAUUUCAUUCAAACUUUUCUUGGGCCAUGGUAAUAAUGCCAUCUGUAUGUGGACCGUGAGUUGUUGAAAUAGUGAAAUGAAUGCACACUUAUGUGAGACAUAGAGUGGUAAGAACAAAAAAUAGAAGAGAGACAAUUACUGCACAACAUCUCAGUCAUCUAAUUAAUUAUUUUUUUUGUGUGAAGAUCUUAGCUAGUUGUGCACAGUGUUGCUUAUGAGCUAUCAACAUCAUAAAAAAAGAGGAACUCUUUGUGUGUGUGAAAACAACUAUAUGAUUACAGAGUUUUGAAUUUACUUUUCAUAUGUGUACAUUAAUUAAUAUAAUUCUUUUCUAAUAUUUUUUACAUUUCUGGAAGUGUAAAACUAACAAAUAUUGAGCAGUGAUAAUUCUGUAAUGAACUGUUGACAUUGUAUAUAUGUACUAGAUUAAAAAGAGAAAUAGGAUGUUUGAAGCACUUGUUUCGAAAGUAAAUAAAAUUGUCAUCCUGCUCAACUUA